UUCUAAAAGGGUUUGUUUUGUAUUGAGUACAUCCGAAUUUAAAAAUCUAGAUUUGAGAAUUAUUUUUUAGAAUUCUGGAGUGAGUAACUCAUGGCUAAAAAUUUAUGAAUAGGUCCAAAAUCAGGCCUAGGCCUGAUCCAUUAGUUUUCAUUUCCGUUGAUUCAAGAAUAGUAUUGAGAGGAAUGGAAACCAAAAACGAAGGAGAUGCAAUUGAAAUUGGAAUUCAGAAUAUCCAUUUACUUUGAAAGUUGGUCAAGUAUUUACAAUAAUAGUGACAUCAUGAAUACUUGAAUGUUAAAAAAGCACAAAAUAAAACUGUUUUUUUUUUUUUUGCAUGGACAGUUUUGCAUAAAGGUCUGAAGAAGAUGAUGUUCCGUAUAGAGAGAUCAUAACCUCAAUUAAGCAAGUUUCAUCAAAGCACCAACCAAUUACCAUAUUCAUGUCCAGUGACUAGUUAUUUUCCUUUCUACUUAGAAAGUUGGGUAUUGCUAUACUUAAAUUAGUUAUUCUACAUGAAAACUAUGCAUAACCACCAAAUAAAUCUCUCUUACGUAAACUAUAGUAUAUCUAUUUUUUCUUCUUAUAAAUACUUCCCUUACAUGUUGUGAAAUGAGCAUCUAGCAAAAAUAUUAAUGGAUCAUGAGCAUUGCAAUGUUGCCUCAGAAAACCAGUGUCUCAAAAAGACACAAAUUGUAUCUGUGACAAGUGUGUCACCCGUUAAAAUAACCGAACCACGACAAGUUUGUCGAAUUCUAUUCAACCAUGAAUCAGAGAAUCAAAAGAUUCAUGCAAUAAGGAAAAUUCAAGGAUGCUAUCAUAUGGUAUUGUACUAUGAGAAUGUUGAAGAGGAACAUCAUGAUUGGUCUUUAACUGGUUGGAUUGUGGAGUCACUAGCUAGGACCCUUUUGGAUCAUCCUCUACUAGCUGGUCGAAUCCAAAAAAGAGACGACGUGACAGGAUUCGAAAUCGUGUCCAAUGAUUCCGGAAUUCGACUCUUGGAAGCUCAGUGUUCUGCCACUUUGUCUGAGUUUCUUGAGUCGAAUAAAAAGGAAUGCAAUGAUCAUGAGGCCGAACUCGUUUUUUGGAAUGAAAUUGAUGCGAGAUUUUCUCGAUUUUCUCCUCUCUUUUAUGUUCAGGUCACAAAGUUUAUAUGCGGAGGAUACUCUGUCGGCAUUAGUUGUAGUCUUCUCUUGGCAGAAACUUUGAUAGUUAAAAAAUUCCUAGAGAAAUGGGCACAAAUAUACAAUAUGUUACCCUCAAUCUCAAAUAAAGAAAUUGACACAACCAUAUUUAACUACCUUGGUCUUAAAAGUCCAAAAUUUCUCUACUUAAACAACCAUGCUCAAAACAAAAAUAGAGUUCAAAGUGUAGUAUUCAAAAUCACUACUAAGGAUGUAAGUUUUAGCAAAGAGUUGUGGAGGGAAUUAGCAAUGGUUUGUAUUGAAGAAGGGGAACAAAAGCUAGAGAUGAAAAUAGGUUCUAGUUUUACUUUGGUUGUUAAAGAGUUCUUGGAGGUGAUUGAAGUUGAGAGUGUCACAAAGAGUGGCAUUGAGAAUCAAAUUGUUUGUAUCUCAUCAUGGGAUGAUUUUGAAGUGGAUGAGGUUGUUUUUCAUGAAGAAAAUAAGGCUGUUCAUGUUUCUUGUUGGAUUGGAUCGGUUGCUGAUGCUCUUGUGAUGAUAUUUCCAUGCAUAGAGGAGAAUGUGUGUGGGGUGAUUGUGGCUGCACCCAAUUAAAGUAUGUGAUCUGUGAUCCUAUGAAUUUGAUGCUUAUGAUGUUUUUUAGUAUAAUAAUAAUGUGGUGAGUCCAAUAAUGUUUUAACAAUAUUUUGUCAGGGUCAUUUUUUCUU